GAGAGAGGGAGCGAAAAAGCGCCACAGUCACUAGAACCAUAGAGAGAGAGAGAGUCAUCAGCUGUCUUCCCUAUCCCUUCCCCAAAGAGAGAGAGGGAGCGAAAAAGCGCCACAGUCACUAGAACCAUAGAGAGAGAGAGUCAUCAGCUGUCUUCCCUAUCCCUUCCCCAAAUAGAGAGAGGGAGCGAAAAAGCGCCACAGUCACUAGAACCAUAGAGAGAGAGAGAGAGAGAGAGAGAGAGAGAGAGAGGGAGAGGGAGAGGGAGAGUGAGAAGCUUCUAGAAUUGCCGCAGUCUCUGCAUUUUCUACUCUGAAACGUCGAGGCAACAGUAGUGGCCGUACAGAGAUAACUAACUGACUAAAACAGAGGCAAUCAAAAUGGAGUGCAUUGGAGUUCGAAAUUUCAUAGCAAUGGCGGUCUCUAGGUUCCCUAAUUGGAGGCCUCAUCAUCGUGUAGCUGAUAGAUAUAGUAGUAGUUCGUGUAUGUCGUCUUCUCUACGAGUGAUGGCUCGUGGCGCAGGGAAUGAGAGCUGUGUGGCCGUCAAAGAAGGUUUUGCGGAUGAAGAAGAUUUCGUCAAGGCUGGAGGCUCUGAGCUUUUAUUCGUCCAAAUGCAACAGAGGAAGGCCAUGGAUGAACAGACUAAGCUCGCCGACAAGCUACCAUGUAUACCGGUUGGUAAUGCUGUACUGGAUUUGGUGGUGAUUGGUUGCGGCCCAGCUGGUCUCGCUCUUGCUGCUGAAUCAGCUAAGCUAGGUUUAAGCGUUGGACUAAUUGGGCCUGAUCUUCCUUUCACAAAUAAUUAUGGCGUAUGGGAGGAUGAAUUUAGAGAUCUUGGGCUUGAAGGGUGUAUUGAACAUGUUUGGCGGGACACUAUUGUGUAUCUUGAUGACAGUGAUCCAAUUCUGAUCGGACGUUCUUAUGGGCGAGUUAGUCGACACUUGCUCCACGAGGAGCUAUUGAAAAGGUGUGUGGAGUCAGGUGUUUCGUAUAUGAGCUCAAAAGUGGAAAGGAUAAUUGAAACUGCAAAUGGUCAGAGUCUCAUAGCAUGUGAACAGAACAUUGCUGUUCCCUGCAGGCUCGCCACUGUUGCAUCUGGAGCAGCUUCUGGGAAACUAUUGCAGUAUGAGGUUGGAGGUCCCAGGGUUUCUGUCCAAACAGCUUAUGGCGUGGAGGUUGAGGUGGAAAACAAUCCAUAUGACCCCAGCUUGAUGGUUUUCAUGGACUACAGAGACUAUGUCAAGCAAAAAGUUGAUUGUGUAGAAGCGCAAUAUCCGACAUUUCUUUAUGCCAUGCCUAUGUCCCCAACAAGAGUCUUUUUUGAGGAAACUUGUUUGGCUUCAAAGGAUGCCAUGCCUUUUGAUCUGUUAAGGAAAAAACUCAUGUCCAGAUUAGAGACCAUGGGAGUCCGUGUUGUAAAAACUUAUGAAGAGGAGUGGUCUUACAUACCAGUAGGUGGAUCCUUACCAAAUACAGAGCAAAAGAAUCUUGCAUUUGGUGCCGCAGCUAGCAUGGUGCAUCCUGCCACAGGGUAUUCGGUCGUGAGAUCACUGUCAGAGGCUCCAAAAUAUGCUUCUGUAAUUGCAAAUAUUUUAAGGGAAGGCCAUUCCAAGGACAAGGUUUCUCGCACCAGGAAUGCAAAUAUCUCAAUGCAAGCUUGGAACACCCUUUGGCCACAAGAAAGGAAACGCCAGAGAGCAUUCUUUCUCUUUGGACUGGCGCUUAUUCUGCAACUAGAUAUUGAAGGCAUCAGAGAAUUCUUUCAUACUUUCUUCCGGUUACCCACUUGGAUGUGGCAGGGAUUUCUGGGGUCGACUCUCUCGUCUGCUGACCUGGUAUUGUUUGCGUUUUAUAUGUUUGUUAUAGCUCCAAGCAACAUGAGAAUGUGCCUCGUCAAGCAUCUCAUGUCCGACCCUACCGGGGCUACAAUGAUAAGAACAUAUCUCACAAUAUAGCUUCUCUCUUUUGUAUUUCAUUUGCCAUCAUUAUGUUUUUGCAGGUUUACUAGUCUAAUAUUGAAUUUGCUCACUGCAAUCCUUUCCUUGGUAGGAUUGGUUGUUAGUUUGUUUAUCUUCCAUGGUUGUAUUCGUUUUUCCCAGAGGUAAUGCCUUUGCGGAUGUUGUAGCUGGUGCGUUUUGGUGAUAUAAAACCUUACUUACCCAAAAAAAAAAAAAAAAAACUAUGUAUAUAGAAAGUUGCACUUGGCCAGUAUCAGUAUAGCGAUUUUCUGUUUUCC